UCUCUCUCAAACAUCAAAUAUGUAUAUAUACACAUCCCCACAAACUUCAUUUUCUCAAUCCUUGAAAUAUCAAUUUCUUUUUUUUUUCUCUCCUCUUCAAAAUCAACUUCUAAUCCUCAAAAAAAAAAAAAAAAAAAACAUAGCCAUCACAAAAUAAUCCACAGCAUUAGUGUCUUCUCAAUCACACACAAUGACUAUCGUGCCGAAAUCCGCCGCCGCCGCUGCGCCGGCAAAUACCGAUCUCCGGCGACGCAAACUGGGCGUCCUCCUGACCGAUCCCUCCACUCAAGACAACGACGAUUACAGCGAUGAAUACAGCAGCUCCCGCCACCGCAACAGCGACGCCUCCCUCACAACCACCUCCGCGGCCGACAACCCCAGCGGCUUCUACUCCAACCCAAGCAGCGCCAGCUCCUCUCCAUACAAUCCCAUGUCCCCGUGGAGCCACCCCUCGCCCUACACCAAAUCCCCAUGGAUUCACCAGCUCGUGGCGUCGUCAUUGCCGGACGACGAAGAAGGCGACGCGGCGGCGAACGCGCACGGCCUGAUCGGGUCGCUCUACCGCGAGGAGGGCCACGUCUACUCGGUUGCCGCCUCCGGCGGCCUCCUCUACACCGGGUCCGACAGCAAGAAUGUGAGAGUGUGGAAGAAUCUGCAGGAAUUUUCAGGAUUCAAAUCCAGCAGCGGAUUCGUGAAAGCCAUUGUGGUUUUCGCGAACAAGGUAUUCACGGGUCAUCAAGACGGGAAGAUCCGGGUUUGGAAGCUGUUGGGGGAUAAGAAGAAUACUCAUAAACGGGUCGGGAGCUUACCCACGACCCGGGAUUUGCUGGUAAAGUCCAUGAACCCGAAAAACUACGUGGAAGUUAGGCGGCAUAGGAAUGUGCCGUGGGUGAAGCACUACGAUGCCGUUUCGUGCCUGAGCGUGGACGCGGAUCUGGGCUUGCUCUACUCGGGGUCGUGGGAUAAGACGCUCAAGGUGUGGCGGAUCUCGGACUCCAAGUGCCUUGAAUCCAUCGCCGCGCACGACGACGCCGUCAAUUCGGUGGCGGUGGGGUUCGACGGCCUCGUCUUCACCGGCUCCGCCGACGGCACGGUCAAGGCGUGGCGGCGGGAGCUCAUGGGGAGGUCCACGCAGCACGUGCUGGUGGAGACCAUGCUGCGCCAGGACCACGCGCUCACCUCGGUGGCGGUGAGCCGUGCCGCCGGCGCGGUCUACGCGGGUUCGUCAGACGGGCUGGUGACGUUCUGGGAGCGCGGGAAGCACUUCAUGGCGUACGGCGGCGUGCUGAGGGGCCACAAGCUGGCGGUGCUCUGCCUGGCCGUGGGCGGGAGCCUGGUGUUCAGCGGAUCGGCCGACAAGACCAUCUGCGUGUGGCGGAGGGAGGGCGGCGGCUCCCACUCGUGCGUGUCCGUGCUGACGGGGCACGGCGGCCCGGUGAAGUGCCUCGCGGUGCAGAGAGACGAGGAGGAGGAGGAGGAGGAGGAGGAGGAGGAGGAGCGGUGGAUUGCGUACAGCGGGUGCUUGGACAAUACCGUUAAGGUGUGGAAGGUCUCCGAGAGCGCCAAGGAUGAGGAGGAGUGAAUGCGGCGGCGCGCGAGACCCACGCGCCUCCCCUGGUGAGGUCUGAACGAGACAUAGGUUUGGCGAGUGGCACACGCGAAUCUGGACCGACCAAUUAUGUGGAGAUUGGUGGGGACGGGAAUUGUGGUUUCUGAUUGAGUCUUAGGUGCUAAGGAAGAAGAAGCACAAUAAAUGCAUAAAUUAAAGUUCCAAGAUUCUCUCACAUUUUUUGGUGUUGGGAAUUAAAUCGUGAUGAAUUUGUAUAUAGAUCCAAGCAGGUUUUGAUUUGUAACAUUUCUUUAUUACUUUAUUAUCUUUAUUGAGGUGUUUAUUAAUGUAGUCUAUGUCCAUUUUGAUAAUUACAUACAGACAAAUGAGGGGGGAAAACUAUGUUUUUUCAA